GGCACCUCUCGCCGCAGUUUGCUUGGGAUCGUCGGGUUCUCGGCAACCUGGUUCCGUGGAGGAGAAGGAGGAGGAGGAGGAGGAGGGAAAGACGCUGAGCCCUCGGCGCGGCCGGUUGGACUCGCCAAGGGAGAUACCAGCUUGGAAGCACCUGACUUGGGAACAGAUCAGCUCCGCCAGCAGAGAUGGGCAUGGUGGCCUUUGAGGACGUGGUUGUAAACUUCUCCCGAGAAGAAUGGACCCUGCUGGACAGUGGUCAGAAGCGACUGUACAGAGACGUGAUGGUGGAGACCUGCCGGAACCUGGCCUUCCUGGGUAGUUACACUCACAAUAAAACCAGUGGUUCCAGUCCUCCGUGGGAUAUUUUGAAGAAUGCCGCCUCUAGUAAAAAAAACACACGAAAGGCCCCUGGAAAGGGUUCCUGUUCAGCUUCUGGGAAGCAAUGUCCCUCUCAGACCAGUGGAGACGCACUGAGCAGACAACCGGCGGCAACUCUCUUUGAACGGAAUGAAGGAAGCAACCGUGGGGAAGCCCUGGCCCAGCACAGACGUCACACUGGCCGUAGGAGCGCCCCUGCUGGAGUGACCAGUAAUGACCGCGUCAAGUGUGGGAAAAUCUUCCUGCGUCCUCCUCUCCCGGAGAAUCCGCCAAGCUCUCGAGGCGAUCUCGCACCCGAGUGUGAGGGAACAGACACGGGAGAAGAAGGAUCUGGGAAACCACAGGAUGCCAAGCCAUCAUCUCUGAGAGGUACAGACAGUCACCAGGCCAAGAACCAUGGUCCCUCGAGCAGCGUGGGCAGUGAGGACAGAUGGAAAGUCUACCGGUGUGAAGUGUGCGACGAGACCUACCUGAGCAGCUCCUGCCUCUCCAAACACCGGAAAGCUCACGUCCUCGAAGGUCAGGCACACCAGAAAUGCCAAGAGUGUCAGAGGAUCUUCUUCUCGCCGUCCUUGUUCCAAGUCCACGUGCGAGUGCACCGCGGGGAGAAACCCUACCAGUGUGAGCGGUGUGGCCGAGCCUUCCGCUACCCGACGAAGCUUCGAGAACACUGGAAGACCCACACGGGGGAGAAGCCCCACAAGUGCGAGUGGUGCGGCAGGGCCUUCCGGCGAGGCUCGAAGCUCCGCGAGCACGUGAAGACCCACACCGGGGAGAGACCCUACCCGUGUGCCGAGUGUGGGAGAGCCUUCAUCUCCGCCACGUACUACCGAGCCCACGUGAAGAUCCACACCGGGGAGAGCCCCCACAAAUGUCACCACUGCGGCAAACUCUUCGUGUCCCCCUCGGCCCUCCAAGAGCACGUGAGGAUCCACACCGGGGAGAAGCCGUACGGCUGCCCGGAGUGUGGGAAAACCUUCCGGAUCGUCUCCAGCCUGCGGCAACACGCCUUCACGCACAGCCAAGAGCAGCCGCACACCUGUCAGAUCUGCGGGAAGACUUACAGGGACCGAUCCAACUUCCGGGGCCACCUGAAGAUGCACCAGGAAGACGGGCUCAGUGAGUGUAGAGAGUGUGGGAAGAGGUUCAAUAACCUGCGGUAUUUUCAGAGACACCUGAAAACCCACCAGCGGAAAGAAGCAGCGCCACUAAAGUGAAGAGGCGAGGCGGAUGAGGCUGUGGUUCCCUCACUGGUCCGGGAAGACUGCUUGAGUGGGCACUCCGGUGGCAGCGGCCUGAGAAGCGUUGAACUCUCCAUCAGGAAGUCCUGGGUUUGAUCCCCAGCAUUGCGCCAGCCAGAGUGUUACUCGGGUGCUAGCCUUACAUUUUUUUAUUUUUUAUUCUUUUCCUAUUUCUUUUCACCUCCAGGGCUAUCGUUGGAGCUCGGUGCCUGCACUACAAAUCCACUGCUCCUGGUGGCCUUUUUUUUUUCGUUUUGUUCCCGGUUUCUAGGAUAGGACAGAGAAAUGGAGAGAGAAAGGAGGGACACCUGCAGACCUGCUUCAAGACUUGUGUAGCGACCCCCUCGCUGCAGGUGUGGAGCCGGGGGGCUUGAACCCGGAUCCUUGUGCAGCUCCUUUUGCUCUUUCUACUGUUUCAACUCUGUGUGCUUGACCUGGGGUGGGUGCUACCACCCUGUCCCCCCCUCCCUCCCUCCCUCACUUCUGUCAUUAAUCUGUCAAAACAACAGCAACAACACACGACAGUGAAGAAAGACUUAGUACGGGUGCACUAGGCGGUGGCGCACCUGAUUAAGCGCUCAGAUUAUACUGUGCAAGGACCCGGGUUCAAGCCCCCGGACCCCACCUGCAGGGGGAAAGCUUCACGAGUGGUGAAGCAGGCCUGAAGGUGUCUGACUCUCUCUCUCUCUCUCUCUCUCUCCUGUUCCAAGUUUCUGUCUCUGUGUAGUAAUAACUAAACCAAGAAAAUAAA